ACUCUGAGCCGCAAAAGGCAAAAAGUAAAAUAAAAACAUAUAUUAAAUCACAAAAUAAAAUUAUGGCUGUUGUCUUUUAUAUGCCCGAGGCGGGAGCCGAUGACUCUGCAUCGAGUGGCGGUCACGGCAGUGCGGGCAGCGGCAGCGCCGCCUCAUCGACAUCACAAUCGCCAAAUACGACCACAUCGGCCACACAAACGCCCAUGCAGAGUCCGCUGUUGACGAGUCCGCACAUUGUGAUGGCCCUCUGCGAGGCGGUCUAUCAAUCGUGGAACACUCAACGGAUGUUACUCAAGCAUCACAUUUGCGUCCAAUGCAGAGGUAUUGAAAAAUGUAUGUCGCAGAGAAAUUCAGAACUUUUACCAUAUACGCCAGCCUUCCAAUAUCCACCUCCAGCCAGUCCAUGCUGCCAUGUGCACAGCCCCUCGCCAUUUACCGCAGGCAGUGCCGGCGGCGGCGGUGGCGAAGUAUUCUUUCCACACAACCGCAGCACACCACGUACCCCACGCACCAGUGUUAGUUUCGCGGCCGGUGAGGAAACCGCAUUCUUCCGCCAUCACAAUGUCAGUGGCGGUUGCAGUAGCAGCGCCCCACACCUGCAGCCACCACAAUCGGCACCACCAAUGCCACCCAGUAGUCAUGCCAGUGCGCAUAGUCAAACAGCGCCACAACAAUACCAGCAAUAUUCAUAUCCACACUAUCAGUAUACACCACCACCGACGCCGCUUACAGCCAAUGCCAGCACCAGCACAAGCACUUGCACCGGCACCGGCAAUAUGUUCGGUUCAACGGAGGCGACAACGCAUCAGCGCACUUGUGUAGCGUCGACGUCAACAUCGACGCCGUCCUGUAGUUCGAAGGGACAUGCGCGAUUGCAUCGCAGCUUCUCAGAUGCACAGAAGCGCUCGCGUCGCACAUCAACCGCAAAUGAUGAUGAACGCGAGUGUCAUAGUGAGCAUGAAACCAGCUGGGAUGAGUUCGAUGAUCGUUAUGAAAAUUUUACAGCAGGCCGUGAACGUUUACAGGAAUUCAAUGGGCGAAUACCGCCGCGUAAGAAGAAAAAGGAUGUGCCAAAAUCGAAGUCAGAAAAGAAGGCAACAAAAUCAACAGAGCGACAAAAAACACUCAAUUUCGUUGAGCAAAAUGUUGCACUGAUUGCGAGCGCAGGCAAAAUGGCAACAACCUCGAGCCAACAAACCAAGUUGGCCAACAAAUGUAAACCAAACUUGAGACGGCGCAGACGAACAACGCUAACAUAA